AUGGUGGCGUGCAUAAAAAGAGCAUUGCUUGAAGAUGUGGCGAUAAUAGGAGGAUUGGUAGGGGUGCAAUUUGUUUAUGCGGGCAACUCAGUUUUACUUGCUUAUCUUAUGUCCCUUGGCAUUAGCCCUUUCCCCCUUAUUGUUUACUUCACCCUUGCCACCUUCAUUAUUCUCUCCCCUUUUUCUUUUCACUUUGAAAGGAGCCAAUGGCCCAACCGUUUCACCUUGAAGUUAAUUACUCAGCUUGUUUUAAUCUCCUUUGGAGGGACAACUUUAUUCCAAAACCUAUUCCUCAAAGGGAUUGAUCUAACUUCACCUGCAGUAGCAACAGCCAUGCCAAACCUUGCUCCUGGGCUUAUCUUUAUAAUUUCUUGGGCUUUCAGGUUAGAAAAAGUUGCUCUAAGUUGCCUAUACAGCAAAGUGAAAAUUGCAGGCACAUUCUUGUGUGUCUUGGGGGCCAUUAUAACGAGUGUAAUACAGAGCACCGUCUCGUCGGAAGAUGCAACGAUAGAUAUCGCGGACGUUUAUUAUGACAUUUUCGACAAAAAUAAGAUCACCGGUUGCAUGUACCUCAUGGCAGCUGUCCUGGUUUUAUCAAGCAAUGUAGUAUUGCAGGCGACGACUUUGGGUGAUUUUCCUGCUCCGAUGUCGUUGUGUGCGAUAACAUCAUUGAUUGGAGUGAUUAUAACUUCACUGGUGCAGUUGUUCAAAGAUCAUGAUCUCGAAUGGGGUUGGCCCCUUGUUAGUGGUUGGGAACUACUUGGCUUUUCUUUACUGGGCGGAGCGUUGAGUGGAAUGUGUGUAAGCUUCAACGGAUGGGCAAUGAAGAAGAGGGGACCAGUGCUGGUGUCAAUGUUUUGCCCCAUUGGAACAGUCAUUACAGUAGUCCUCUCUUUUUUCACUUUAGGGCAGUCCAUUUCAUUAGGAAGCCUCGCUGGGAUGUUCCUCAUGUUCACCGGCCUCUACUUCGUCUUAUGGGCUAAAGGAAAAGAAGUUUACGCGGUCGGGGAUGGCUUGCGAACCGAGUUCGACCCGGAGAAGCCUCUAUUAAGUUAAUUCGCUAUCUACUU